AUGGAUUCCACAUUUUUGUUCUCCAUCCUCCUAACUGGUGGUAUAACAUGGAUCAUUACCAAGUUACUCAGCACUGGAAGGCGCGAGCAGCACCUACCUCCUGGUCCUCCGACUGUCCCCAUACUCGGAAAUGCACUUAUGGUCCCGUCCAAAUUCGCCCAACUUAAAUUUACCGAAUGGGCUCGACAAUAUGGUGGUAUUUUUUCUUUGAAGAUCGGCCACGGCACGGUUAUUGUGGUAUCGGAUGCCACAGUUCUGAAAGAAUUCAUGGAUAAGCGAAGCAAUGAAACGUCUGGUCGUCCGUCAUUUUACACUGGAAGUCUUAUAACGGAUGGAUAUUUUAUCGCGGAAGCAGAUUCGACAACGGAUAUCUGGCGCAUGGGCCGAAAGGCGUUACAGACCCUGUUUUCCCCACAAAGUGUGAAUAAACACCUGCCAGUCGCUGUAGCAGAGAGCUCGCAACUUCUAUUUGAUUUACUCUGUUCGCCUCAAGACUUCGAAAAGCACAUCGAUCGUUACACGUUUUCAAUACUGUUGUCUAUAGCCUUUGGGAAACGCUGUCCGCGCCCUGACACGGAGGAAGAAAGACUUUUUUAUGAGGGUGUGAGGCUCACCGUGCAGGUGGUGUCUGCUGAGGGGCCUCCCGUCGAUCUCCUCCCUAUUCUCAAAUAUGUCCCGGAACGGUGGGCGUCAUGGAAAGGAAUAUGCAGGGAGGCGAGGACGCUGCAACGUCGAUUAUAUUUUGGGUUAUUGGAAGAGGCCGAGUCAAGGCUUGCCAGAGGAGAAGGUACUGGUUGCUUUAUGGAAGAAGUCAUUCAUCGUCAAGAAGAGCUUGGAAUGUCAAAGGACGCUGCUGCCUGGUUAGGUGCGAUUGUGCUCGAAGCAUCGCAUUCUUCUGGAUCCUUCAUUUCUUCACUCAUUCUAUGUUUUGUUGCCUUCCCCGAGACACUGCGAAAGGCUCAAAAUGAAAUCGACUCCGUCCUACCGGACGGGCGGUUACCCACAAUGGAUGACAUUGCAUCGCUUCCGUAUAUCCGUGCUAUCCUAAGAGAGGUACAUAGAUUGAAACCAAUGGCACCGCUUGGAAUGCCUCAUGCAUUACUAGAGACUCAAGAAUAUCGAGGCUAUGUUAUCCCCAAAGGUACAACCAUUUUCAUAAAUGCUUGGGGCAUCUUGCAUGAUCCGGAGGUCUUUGACGAGCCCGAGGUCUUUCGACCAGAGAGAUUCCUCCUCUCCGAACACGGGACAAAACCUGGUGUGGAUAGCAAAGACUGGCGCGCAAGUAUACCAUUUGGAAGCGGAAAAAGACUCUGCCCUGGGAUGAAUUUAGUCAACACAAACCUGGCGUUUACCAUUGCCACUUUGGUCUGGGCGUUUGAUUUCGCUACUGCCAUUGAUCCAGUUACGAAAACGCCGAUCCCUGUUGAUAUCGAUGCGUACGAGGAGGGUCUUGUCUUCAGGCCUCGUCCGUUUGCUUGUUCGAUCUCACCAAGGAGCGAAGCAAAAGCAAAAUUGAUCAGACAAAGGUUUACUGAUGCGACUCCUGCUCUCUCUAAAUACGAGCUGUUCCUGACGAAGGAAAAGUGA